AAUGAAGUUUGAUGUUUGAUUGAAUUGAAUGAUUGAAAUUGCUGUAAUUUUGCAUUGCAUGCAUCCAUCGAAGCCAUCAUUAUAAGUUUAGAUUUUAUGAAUUUUGAUUUUCAAUUAUUUAAAAAUAUAGAUAGGGCCUAGUGAUCAUAAUAAGCGGAGCUAAUAAUUGAUGUGAAGGUUUGAAUAAUUUUACUUAUUCAAAAAGUUACAACUUCUGCUAGAACAGCAACAUCCCCGGUCUCGAUAUCGUGUUUUUAAUAGAUUCAUUAUGGCUUCCGGUGAGAUUCAGACUUCAGAUUACCAGCAAAGAAGGUGGCAAAAUAUAAGAAAACUGUUAGAAAGAUCUGGUCCAUUUUGUCACCCUGAUUUUGAACCUUCUGCAGAAAUACUGGACUUUCUCAUGAAUUCCUGUAAGGUAUUGGUUGUUGGUGCUGGUGGUCUGGGCUGUGAGCUGCUCAAAGAUCUGGCUUUGAUGGGCUUCAAAAAGAUACAUGUUGUUGACAUGGAUACAAUAGAGCUAUCUAAUUUGAAUAGACAGUUUCUAUUUAGAAAGAGUGACAUUGGCCUCUCUAAAGCCAAGUGUGCUGUGGAAUUUGUCAAUAAAAGGAUACCAGGGUGUGAAGCAGUGGCUCACCAUUGUCCUAUUCAGGACUUAGAUGAAGGUUUUUAUCGGCAGUUUCACAUAGUUGUGUGUGGACUGGACUCCAUUGUUGCCAGGAGGUGGCUGAACGGAAUGCUGAUGUCAUUGCUGCAGUACAAUGAUGAUAGAUCAUUGGAUCAGAGCAGUGUGAUACCACUAGUAGACGGAGGCACAGAAGGCUUCAAAGGCAAUGCCAGAGUGAUCCUACCAGGAAUGAGUGCCUGCAUCGAGUGUACUCUGGACCUUUAUCCUCCUCAGAAAACAUUUCCUUUGUGUACUAUUGCUAAUACUCCAAGGUUACCAGAGCAUUGCAUAGAAUAUGUGAAGGUGAUUCAGUGGGCCAAAGAGAAUCCAUGGGGUGACACAACGGCUCUAGACGGCGACGAUCCUCAACACGUUGCUUGGGUUUUAGAGAAAGCUCAGGAGAGAGCCCUAAAGCAUGGCAUUCCGAAUGUGACAUAUAGACUGACACAAGGCGUCUUGAAGAAUAUCAUCCCGGCUGUUGCUAGUACUAAUGCUGCUAUUGCUGCUGCCUGUGCCACAGAGGUUUUUAAGUUGGCUUCCUCAUGCUGCACAAAUAUGAACAACUACAUGGUAAUGAACAUGGCUGAUGGAGUGUACACAUACACAUUUGCCGCAGAAAAACGUCCCGACUGCGUGGCCUGCAGUAAUACUACCAGGAUCAUGGAGAUACAAUCUGAUGCUACUCUGCAAAUGAUUUAUGAUAAACUGUGCGAAGAUUCGGGAUACUUGAUGAGAAGUCCAGGUAUAACUACAGUAAUAAAUGGACGUAAUAAGACCCUGUAUAUGUCCUCAAUAACAAGUAUCGAAGAGAGAACUCGAGAUAAUCUGAAGAAGAAAAUCACAGAAUUAGGUUUAUAUAAUGGUGCAGAUAUCUUGGUAGCAGACGUAACUACUCCCAAUACCGUAACAAUAAAAUUGAAGUUUUUUGAAAAUAUUGAUAUGGAUAUGUCCCGAUAGAUUGUCUUGGAAAUUAAGCAGUAUAUUAUUUCUUAUUAUGUA